CAGACCAGGCAAAAGGGAGCAACUUGCAGCCAUUCAUGCAUUUCACAGAUGAGUAAAGAUGCCCAUAUCUGGGAAAGAUUAAGAGUUACAUUUCUGGAUUAAGAUUACAAUCAUCAGAACAGAUUUAAAGAUAUUCUGAAACAGUUUCUAUAUGAGUUCAACAGGCAUCUCCUCUUUAUCGGCCAAGCGAAAGGGAGAAGGCGUCGGAAUGGGAGCUGAUCUUGGGAAGAGCCAGAGUAGCAGCCAAGGCACUAGCAUUGGCAAAGAAGAGUAUAGGCGAAUACCAACAGAUCGGGCUGACCUGAUCUUAGCAAAGAACAUCAGUCAGCUAGCAGUCAAUGAAAAACCAACUGCAAUUAGCAAAGGAAACUCUAGGAAGACCACCCUAGUUCCUCCAAAGUGUCUCCAGGAUGCUAAAGCAUCGAAUGCUCGAGGCAAGCUAACAAAACUCCAGGAUGUUGCUGCGCUAAUCAGGAAUCGUCAUUGCAGAAACAUUGUUGUGAUGGCGGGAGCAGGUAUAAGCACUGCCAGUGGAAUCCCAGAUUUCAGGACGCCAGGCACAGGCUUGUAUGAUAACUUAGAGGAGUACAAUGUUCCCUAUCCUGAGGCGAUAUUUGAUGAGAGCUACUUUGUUCAUAAUCCACUCCCAUUCUUCUCUCUGGCUAAGAAACUGUACACUGAAAAUUACAAACCUAACUACAUCCACUACUUUCUGCGAAUGCUACAUGAAAAGGGACUCUUGCUGAGAUUAUACACACAGAAUAUUGAUGGAUUGGAAAGAAUGGCUGGGAUCCCUUCAAUAAAAAUGGUCGAAGCUCAUGGCACAUUUUUAACUGCAUCUUGUUCUUCCUGUCGUUCCCCCUAUCCAGCAAGUAAAGCAAAGGCUGAAAUUUUAAGUGACAAAAUACCAAAAUGCAAACGCUGCACUGGGAUUGUGAAACCAGAUAUUGUAUUUUUUGGUGAAGAUCUUCCUAAAAGAUUCCACUCAUUGUACAGAAAGGAUUUUUACAAGAGUGACCUACUUAUUGUAAUGGGAACAUCUCUGGAGAUUGAACCCUUUGCUGGGAUUGUGAAUUCAGUUCAACCUAAUGUUCCUCGACUUCUCCUCAACCGGGAUCCCGUUGGCCCAUUUCAGGGAAAGUGUUUGAAGAAAACUGAUGUCCGAGCACUUGGUGAUCUGACUAAGAGUAUCCAGUUGUUUGUGGACAUGGUCGGGUGGAAGAAUGACCUGGAUGAACUAAUCCAGCAGGAAAGAGCACUUUCUUUAAAGGACCAAGUAAGCCUGGAAUCCAACACUGAAAUAGACUCUGACACUUUGAAGAUGUCGCCUUCUGGCAAUGAGGUACCAGUCUGUAGCUGAGUUUGCUCUAUCAGCAGAAAACAGUACCCAGUAAAACAGCAACAAACAUGAGAGCAGCAAGGACGAGAGCUCAUCUGCAUCAUUAAUCCAAACUAAGGAAUUAGCUGAAUUGUGUGUAAAGGUUUUAGAAUGACGUGCAAUAUUUCAAUAAA